UACAAUAGGGAAAGAAAAGAUUCCCAUUUAAUGCCGACUCUAAACAUUUCCCUUCCGCACAAAAUAGCCAAAGAGCCAAGUGGUACCCACUUGGGACGCGGAACUAAAGUGUUCAGCACUUGUGGCAGUGGGACGUUUUUCUGGUUACUCAAAACAGCUUCCUGGAGGUUGACGUGGAUGUUGAUGAUGGCAGAGACUAAAGCAGAUCUGUCAACUGAUGCUUCAAACCUUCACACCUCUAACAGCAGCGGGAAUGUGUCCUCACAGACCAACAACCCUCUGUCCAGAAAACUCAACAAGAUCCUGGAGACCAGGCUGGAAAAUGACAAGGAGAUGCUGGAAGCGUUGAAAUCUCUCUCCGUGUUUUUCACUGAGAACAGCCUGAGAACCAGGAGAAACCUGCGGGGAGACAUCGAGAGACGUAGCCUGUCCAUCAAUGAAGAGUUUGUACGGAUAUUUAAAGAAGUGACGGAGGAACUAGAGAGUGUUCAUGAAGAUGUUCAGGCUAUGAGCUCCUGCUGUGAAGAAAUGACCAACAGGUUAAAGGCAGCUAAAGAACAAACCCAGGACUUGAUUGUGAAGACCAACAAACUUCAAGGAGAAAAUCAUCGGUUGGAGGUUCGAGCUCAGGUGGCUCAGGCAUUCCUGUCAAAGUUCCAGCUGUCCGCCGCCGAGAUGGCAACGUUACGCUCCGCACGAGAUGGACCCAUUACAGAGGACUUCUUCAGAGCGCUGAACCGUGUGAAGAACAUCCAUGAAGACGUGAAGGUCCUACUGAGGACCAACCAGCAAACAGCUGGGCUGGAGAUCAUGGAGCAGAUGGCUGUGUUACAGGAGACGGCAUAUGAGCAGCUCUAUCGCUGGGCUCAGAAUGAGUGCAGAGGGUUGACUCAGGAAACAUGUGAUAUUCCUCCUGUGUUGAGUCAGGCUAUGGAGUCUCUCCAGGAUCGGCCUGUUCUUUAUAAGUACACACUGGAUGAGUUCGGAACGGCGCGGCGUUCUUCCGUGGUCCGAGGUUUUAUUGACGCCCUGACCCGCGGAGGCCCGGGCGGCACCCCGAGACCCAUAGAGAUGCACUCUCACGAUCCAAUGAGGUAUGUUGGGGACAUGUUGGCCUGGCUUCACCAAGCCACAGCCUCAGAGAAGGAGCACCUGGAAGCUUUGCUCAAGCAGGUUACCGUGCAAGGCGUUGAAGAAAACAUGCAGGAAGUAGUUGGCCACAUCACCGAAGGAGUGUGCAGACCACUCAAGGUGCGAAUCGAGCAGGUGAUCAUUGCAGAGCCAGGUGCAGUUCUUCUGUAUAAACUCUCCAAUCUGCUCAAGUUCUACCAUCACACCAUCAGUGGCAUCAUGGGUACCAGUGUUUCCUCUCUAUUGAUGACCAUCGAUGAGAUGCACAUGCUCAGUAAGAAGAUGUUCUUCAACAGUCUUAGUCUCCAUGCCAGUCGCCUCAUGGAUAAAGUAGAGCUUCCACCUCCUGAUUUGGGUCCCACCGCCUCCCUCACUCAGACUCUGUCUCUCCUCAGAGAGGUUUUGGCCUCCCAUGAUUCAUCAGUUCUGCCUCUUGAUGCCCGUCAGGCUGACUUUGCCCAGGUGUUGUCCUGCAUCCUUGACCCAUUGCUGCAGCUCUGCACGGUAUCAGCCAGUAACCUGGGCACAGCAGAUAUGGCCACCUACAUGGUGAACUCCCUCUACAUGAUGAAGACCACACUGGCGCUCUUUGAGUUCACAGACAAACGCUUAGAAAUGCUGGAAUUUCAGAUUGAGGCUCACUUGGACACGCUAAUCAACGAGCAGGCGACGUUCGUGCUGACCAGAGCCGCACUGAGUCACAUCUACAGCUGUGUCCAGCAGCACACGGCAGAGCAGGGUCCCUUGGCCAACCUCCCUGGCAUGGACAGCACAUCCUUAAAAACAGCAAUGGUCCAGUUUGACCGUUAUUUGGCAUCUCCUGAUACACUUGUGAUGCCGCAACUCAACUUCCUGCUCAGUGCUGCUAUCAAGGAGCAGAUCUUCAAACAAUCCACAGAGCUAGUGUGUCGUGCAUAUGGAGAGGUGUAUAAAGCUGUCACCAACCCUACAAACGCCUAUAAAGACGCUGAGUCUGUCCUGCACAGAUCUCCACAGCAGGUACAAACCCUGCUGUCCUGAAAUGUGCCACACACACACUACAAAUUGUAGCAAGCAAGGAUGUGAUGCUCAACACACUCAGUGUUCUGGGACCGGCCACAAGACCAUGUUCAUGUACUCGUCAGGUGAUGGGAGGGGUUUCUCACUGCGUAAUAAUAAUUAUGUGAAACAAAGACACUCCAAUGACAGCGAGCGUACAGAAACAUAUCUGUCUGGAUUUCUCACACGUUGCUCUGUGGACGCUGCUGUGUGCCAGAGGAGAGGAGAGGACAGCUCACACUGAGAAAAAAAUAUUUAUUUUUCCUCCCCACGUGAACGGAGAUCCCCACUAGCAGGCCUGGGGAAGCAAACUACAGACCAUUCCACUGCUACACACAUAUUCACAUGCACUCAAAUAUAAGUAUAGUCAUUGCAUUACAUACACAGGGGCUUUUUUUCAUUCACCGCCACAGAGGCCUGAUGUGACUCAGCGUCGGUCUAUAAUCAGAAACAGUUCUGUCUUCUCUUUAAAUCAUAUUUUUUCCUAAACUGCAUUAAAAUACUCAAAAGUU